AUGCGGUACUGCACUACUGCACCUCCCACAGCUGCCCCGAAUCGACUGGAACCAAGCAUUGUGACACUGCACCACAACCUUCAACAAUCUACCCCCUGGACACCACCCACACGCGACCAUACUGGGCCACUCUGGAGCGCAACACCGACACAUGUGGCUCCUCCACUUCUGAAGCUGGCAACAGGCUGGGCCCAACAACACUGUGAAUGGCAGACGGUUAUGCCCAUGGCAUCGCACAACGCUACAACAAACUACAACGACCCCAUCUCUUCACCAACUGAGGACCGCUCACUGCCAACGAUCAACCUCACCCUUCGUCUCCCAACACCUCCCGACGGAGCCACGCAAGCGGACAAGGCUCGCCGGCCGACACCACUUUGCGCAUCCCCUCAGUAUUGA